GAGUCUGAGUUCCAGGCAUGGAAGGAGGCAGGCUAGGUUGCGCUGUCUGCGUGCUGACCGGGGCUUCCCGGGGCUUCGGCCGCGCCCUGGCCCCGCAGCUGGCCGGGUUGCUGUCGCCCGGUUCGGUGUUGCUUCUAAGCGCACGCAGUGACUCGAUGCUGCGGCAACUGAAGGAGGAGCUCUGUACGCAGCAGCCGGGCCUGCAAGUGGUGCUGGCAGCCGCCGAUUUGGGCACCGAGUCCGGCGUGCAACAGUUGCUGAGCGCGGUGCGCGAGCUCCCUAGGCCCGAGAGGCUGCAGCGCCUCCUGCUCAUCAACAAUGCAGGCACUCUUGGGGAUGUUUCCAAAGGCUUCCUGAACAUCAAUGACCUAGCUGAGGUGAACAACUACUGGGCCCUGAACCUAACCUCCAUGCUCUGCUUGACCACCGGCACCUUGAAUGCCUUCUCCAAUAGCCCUGGCCUGAGCAAGACUGUAGUUAACAUCUCAUCUCUGUGUGCCCUGCAGCCCUUCAAGGGCUGGGGACUCUACUGUGCAGGGAAGGCUGCCCGAGACAUGUUAUACCAGGUCCUGGCUGUUGAGGAACCCAGUGUGAGGGUGCUGAGCUAUGCCCCAGGUCCCCUGGACACCAACAUGCAGCAGUUGGCCCGGGAAACCUCCAUGGACCCAGAGUUGAGGAGCAGACUGCAGAAGUUGAAUUCUGAGGGGGAGCUGGUGGACUGUGGGACUUCAGCCCAGAAACUGCUGAGCUUGCUGCAAAGGGACACCUUCCAAUCUGGAGCCCACGUGGACUUCUAUGACAUUUAAGCCCAUGUCCUGUCACAGUGCCCCCCCCCCCUCAGCCCUGCCUAACACACAUACAAGCCCUCCAACCCAGCCAGCGGGGAGCCACGGGCACUGCCAGUCCUGAGAAGGCUUCUGCAGAGGCUCGGGAGAGAGCUGAUGUGUACUGGAGUCCUCUGUCCCCAGGAAGAGAACUUAGGGCUGGGAGAGCAGGAGAAGCAGAAACACUGAGCAGAUGAGGCAGAGUCUCUCGUCUGUGGUCGUUCUCAGGUGAAGAGGGCGGGGUCUGAUUCACAGAGAGGACCGAGGGUAUUGAAUCUUUGUUGUACUGCCUUCAUCCUGGGGUAUUCACUGGUCCUCCCUCGACUCUGGUCAAAUACAUGGUUAUGGGGCAGAUGCCCUAGAGUGUGGGCUGUCCUUCA